UUACAUGCACUUUAAAGAACAGUGCCAACGCGUACUCGUCAACUUACAAGAUAAACGGGUGUAUUGAAGCGGAAUUCACUGCAGGAUUGACACACAUCAGGGAAAAUAUGCAGCUGCUCUUUUUGGGAACACUUGCCCUUUUUGUAGGGGUCACAGUCACAGUGCCUGCACAGGAGAAGCGUGUACACCAUCAGCAUGACCUCAGUGACCAUGCUCAUGAUGAUGCUCAUAGCUUCCAGUAUGACCACGAGGCCUUCCUGGGCAAAGAGGAAGCCAAGACCUUUGACCAGCUGAGCCCUGAAGAAAGCAAAGAGAGAUUAGGAAAGAUUGUGGAUCGUAUUGACACAGAUAAAGAUGGUUUCAUCAGCCAUGCAGAGCUCCACCGCUGGAUUAAACACAGGCAGAGGAGAUACAUUGAGGAAAACGUGGACAAGCACUGGAAGGAUUAUGACCAGAACAAGGAUGGGAAGAUUGGAUGGAACGAGUAUAAGAACACCACUUAUGGAUUUUACAUGGGUGAAGAGUUUGAUGAUGUUGAUGAUAAGGUGAGUUACAGAUCCAUGCUCAUUAGAGAUGAGAGGCGCUUUAAAAAUGCAGACCAGGAUGGAGAUGGCAUCGCUACCAGAGAGGAGUUCACUGCGUUCCUUCAUCCAGAGGAGUUUGACUAUAUGAAAGACAUCGUGAUACAGGAAACAAUUGAGGACAUUGACAAGAAUGGUGACAAGAAAAUUGAUCUACAGGAAUACAUAGGGGACAUGUUUAACGCUGAAGAUGGAGAGAAUGAACCAGACUGGGUCACAACAGAAAAGAAACACUUUUCAGACUUCAGAGAUGUUAACAAGGAUGGUUUUCUUGAUGCCAGUGAAGUAGCUCAGUGGAUCCUUCCAGGAGAGGUGGAUCACGCUGAUAAUGAGGCCAAGCACCUCAUUCACGAAACUGACAAAGAUAAUGACGACAAAAUCACCAAGAAGGAGAUUCUGGCAAACUGGAACAUGUUUGUUGGGAGCCAGGCGACUAAUUACGGAGAGGAUCUCACCAAAAGACACGAUGAGCUUUAAUAAUCUCAUAUAUGGGUCUUGGGGGAAGAAAAUGUGUGUGGGAUAUAUUUUUGGUGUGAGGAGACAGGGCAGUGAAUAUAAAAAAUGAUUUACCUUAAUGGGUUGGGUGGGAACAUUUUCAGAACCAAAGUCAAGGGAUAGGCUUCAUGGUUAUAAGAACAAAACAAGAAUGUUCAUUAAGUGAGUCAGAUAAGAGUUUUAUUUAUUGUCAAACAUUUUAUACAUUAUCGUUUUCAGAUCAAAAUAUACUUUACACACACACUCACAUUCCUUUGCAAUAGACACUCCAUCUAAAGGUGUGUAAAGCAAUAGAGCUCAGAGAUGCUCAGGAAUUCAGCACUGAAUACAUAUCAAAUUAGAAUAAAUUUCAUAUCAGUGGUCAGUGAUUUCACAUUUAACAUACCACUUACAUCAAGCGAGGUGUGUUCUAGGAGGGGUGGUGUAGGUGGGAGGAGAAAAAAGUGAUUGGCACUAUACCGGUGGAACAUUUUUCUCUCUGUGAAUUCUAAAUAAAGCCAUGUUGGUUUUUUGGA